CUGCACUACCAUUCGCAAGCGCACUUGUGGUGUAAAAGCCAGUUUGUCGGAUGUGCGUCGUCAGUCGAAUAUCUAAUAUCACAAGGAGCGAAUGUUCUUUCAAGCUUUUGAAAAAUACAAUGCUUUGAUUAAAUAAUCAAAACAAACUCGUGUUGUUACUAUUUUUUUAAGUGAACGUGUUAAGAAUAUUUUCGUAUCUUGCUUGAAGGUAAUGUAAAGAUGGCAAACCACGCAAUUGUAAUCCUGGGCUGUUUCUUACUGAGUAUUCUUCUUCAAGUAAGAGCCGACGCAGCAGAAAUACAUGAAACUUUGCAAGAAGAAAUUAGUCCAAAAUUAGAUAGCAAACCGAAUGUGGCCGACGAAUUACAGAAAAAUUCUAAAGAUAGCAAUUUUGCACAACGUGAGAAAAGAUUUUAUAACUAUUUCGAUUACAACUUUGGUUUCAACUUUAAUUCCCAGAUUCCAUCAUACACUAAGAGAGAUCAAUCUUAUCAGGCUGGAAAUUAUGGUGUAGAAGAUCAAUUGGACUUGAUAUUUAAAAAAUUACAAGAAAUUACGAGCACUGCUAAUAGACGGUCUUAUUUACCUCCGCCGCCACAAAUUCCAAGACCGGCAUUCAUACCAUUCUUAUAUGUACCAAAAAUGGAAUGUCAAUGCCCAAAUAAUAAUGAGCAAUCCACGACAAGUCCCCCAUUAUCAAAGAAUCCAGUAUCACAAAAUACUAAAAACGAUACAGACAGCACACCAAAAACCGAAACCAUGCCUAAAUUCCCAACCAGAUUACCUGAAAUUGACGAAAUGCGUGAUACAGAAGACAAUGAUUACGAUUAUGGAGAUGACUCGGACGGCGCAAGACCAAUCUCAUUGAAAAAACCUGUUAAACCGAGUCAAUCAUCGUCUAGACCCUCGCCUCCUUUAGAACACGGGAGUAACCAAGCAGGUCUGGAAUCUGCCUCGGAGACACAGAGCGCUGAUGCGCUUCCACAGGCGUUUUCGCCCGACAAUGAUUCAGUGACAUCUUCAGAAAGCAUUUCUGUAUGUGAAAGUGCCUCGAUAUUCUGUUGUCAUCAACCUCAAGUAUCUUACGAAUGUUUCACGGCACAGAGUUGUGUUAACCCAGUAGAACUUGUUGAACCUUGUGAUCCUCAGUCACUUUUGAGGACUAUUAAAAAGUUGCAACAUUUAUAUAAUUUAAAGAAAAUUGUCGCAGGAAGCUAAUCAACAAACUCGUUGUUUAUGUCAUACUCUAUGUUAUUUAUAAUAUAGAAUUAUUGUCAUGGCAUUUAAGAACUAAAUAGCAAAAUAACUAGAAACGACUACGUCUUAAUAGCUUAAUGUACAUGAGAAUAUGAAUAAUAGAUUGAUCAGAUUUAAAUAUCAAACCAAACUUUUUAUGAAAAAAAAGUUUAACACUUACUCAUUAAAGACAGUUCCUAUUGUUCAAUUAAUAAGGAAUUAUUGUGUACUAACAAAAUAAUAUAAUCGCACUAGUCGCCUUCUUAAUGCUUAUUACUAUUAAAGGAAAUGUAUUAGAAAUAUUAAUAUAAUGAGAAACCAAAUAGUAUCAUCACGACUAACAAACACACGAUUUAUUGCAAAACCAGGUAAGUCCAUUUAUCAUAUUAUUUCUUUCUGGACGAAUGAGUCAAAGAGUCGUGAUGGUACUUGAAAUGUUUGAUGAUUUGUUCUAUAUCGAUGUAAUAAAGUAGAGACUACAUACAAUUGUUUAAAUUAAGGAGACAAUUAGUAGAAAUCAAGAAUGAGUAUGGUUUAUGUAUGUCACUGUUAGAUUAAAAACACUGUUUACAAAAUAAUUUGCGAAAUUACAAACUGACGAAAAAUUGUGAACUGUACCAAACCAUUUACAAUUUAACACAAUAUUUUUCGUUUCUUUAUAAUCUGUCCACUGCAAACCGUUAAAUUGAGAACUGUACGAAACCAGUUAAAAUGAAACGUAAUACGUUUAUAGUUAGUUUAUAAUAUGUUCAUAGCAAACCGUUAAAUUUGUCGUUUCGUAAGCGUUCGUGUAAUGGUUUGGUACAGUUCACAAUUUUUCUUCGGUUUAGAAACACGGGGGAUAUAUAUUAUAAACUAACAUUGUUUGUAAUCCUUCUGUGAUGUACAUGUAAGUAAUAAGUAAUUUAUAUUAUAAAAAUGUAUGACAUGUAAGCAAAUUAAUUUUUGAGACAGACGUUUUUUCUUUUUAUAUUUGUCCUGCUGCUCCUAAAUUUGUUUAUGACGUAAAAAUUAUCAUUAAUGCAGAACAUUGCCAAUGUAAACAAAGUAAUCUGUUUAUUGUGGUUACAACGAAGUCACAUCUAUUAGCGUACCCAUUAUUUUAAUGAUGUUUCUUAAUACAACGUGUUUCGCAUGAGG